AUGGCUGGCAUCUUACGAACACUAUUCAAAAGCAAGAAAUCAAAAAAGGAGGAAGCAGACAAUAAUGAAGAUUUGGCCCGCGAAGUCUCCAACCGACGCUCGUUCCGUGCACCAGGCACUUCUUCCAAAUCACAAAGACGGGUUGUAGCUCAUUUCGCCGAUGAUGGUGCUCUCUCCGCCACCGCUGCCUAUCACACAAAAACAGCUCCAAAGUUCAAAAAAGGACCGCAGAGUUGUCCAGGAGGAUAUCGUGAAGAGUCAGAUGUGUCGUAUGAAUCGGAUAAAUAUUCUCAGAAGAGCAAUUCACAUAGAAGACGUGACGUACUUCACCAGUCGAUGCGGCAAAACUACACGAUAGACGAGGGACGAAAGCCAAGCAAGAGUGGAAGACGUCAUCACGGUAGCAAGAGUGAUUUCAGAAGACAUGGAGAAUCUUCAGAGUAUGGAAGUGGUGAUCCUUCCCCUGUUGGGCAAUAUAGUAGCCGCCAUUCGCACUAUGAAGACAGAAUCGAAGAAUCAGAGAAUGACGAUUUCAGUGAGAAAGCACAGUUUGCUGUUAUUGAGCGGGCACAACAACACUAUAUGCAAAAGUACAAAGAGUCUGAACAAAAGAGAAGAGAGGAGAAAAGAAAAUUGAAAGAUAUGGAAAAAGAGUGUAAUGAUGCGAAGAAUGCAAUGUUCCACUACAUGAAUCAGUUGGAUAAGGUAAAAAAGGAACGAGAUUGCUAUAGAAAAGAGUUGAGCCGUUGCAAGAAACAACUCGAAUUGAUGCAAAAUAACGGGUUUGAUGCAUUCCAUCAUCAUCGUCAACCACAAAUGUCAAAUCCACAGCAAUUCCCUCCAGCUCUCAGUAUGGGUUACAACUAUAUGAAUCAACCAAUGAAUUCUUCUCAUCUUAUGCAAGCCAGCUUCAUGAAUAGUGCUCCACCAUCAAGCAAUACACCAAUGACAAUGACUAGUGGUGGUGCCGGAGAAUCGUUGACAAAUCCAUCUGAUGUCAGUUUUCUCCAAAAUUCAUUCAUGCAGCCAUCGUCACAAGUUCUUUCUGGAAUCACCCCAUCUCCUGGAUUCAAGGUGCCAAUCAACUUUGGUGACGACGAUGCUGAUGAGGUGAAGGAUUAUCGUACUGAAUUGAAUAUUGAGACUGCUCGAUGUCGUAAACCAAGCGAUGACAUCAGUAUUUCUCCAUCAAGUUCUGCCGACAGCCAAGUCACACUCCUAGAUCAGAGCACGCUGAUCUCAAAUAAUAAAGAGAAUCGGAAACCACCGACUCGUUCAUUUUCAAUGAUGUCAAUUUAA